AUGACAACACCACAGAAUUCCAACCACGCAGUCAUCAGCAAUGCCACAAAUCCCACCCCGCCCUCACCCCCUUCCACCCCGGGCAAAAUCGUCGUCCUAAACGGCUUCCCGGGCACAGGCAAACUCACCAUCCUCCAACGCGCCAAAACCCUCCUGCCCCCCGCCACGACCCUCCUCGUGGACAACCACCUACUCAUCGACCCCGUCGCGGCCGUCAUACCGGAGCGGAGCGCCGAACACCACGCGCUGCGCCGCGCCGUGCGGGCGCCCAUCUUCAAAAAACUCGCGGAGCGCGCGCGCGCGGGGUGCGUGGUUCUCAUGACGGCGUGUCUGGCCGAGGGGGACGAGACGGACGCGGCGUUUUUGGGGGAGUAUGUCGAUAUGGUGAGGGGGAGCGGGGUGGAGUUGUUCUGGGUGAGUGUGGAAUGCGAGCAGACGGUUUUGGAGGAGAGGGUUAAGAGUGCUGGGAGGGGGGAGGGGAGGAUGAAGUUGACGGAUGUGGGUGUUCUGAGGGAGAUGUUGGGGAGGUAUAGGCUUAUUGAGGCGGGGAGGAGGGGGGAUGGAGGGAUGAGGGUGGUUGUGAGGACGUUGGAUGUGAGCGGGUCUGUGGAGGGUUCUGUCCGCGAUCUGAUGAGCGUGAUCGGUUUUCCGCAGGGUGUUGUCGGUUCGGGAUGA